AUGUCGGGCAACUCGCUCCCUCGCCCUUCGCGACCCUCGAUUGCGCCGCCAACAGGUCCCUUGCCUUCGCUGCCCGUUGCAAAGUCAAGAAACUCAAACGUCGGUCCCACCUCCGCCCGAUCUUCGCUGCUGCCCGGCGCCACAAACAACCGCACAGUCUCGUCGUCCGCGUUGCCACACCGGUCCUUGUCGAAUUCAAAACUCCAGGCUGCCAACGGCUUGACGCACGACGAGGGUGGUCCUGCUUCAUCACUGCCCGCUGGUAAAUCACUACGCAAGACAGUUAGCAUCGGCUCCUUUCCACAACCACCCAGGCACAGCGGAAGGUCAAACCCCUCGAGCCCGCUCUCAACGAGUAGCACACCAGGAGGAGACGUGGGCGUAGGCUCAAAGACGGGACGAAAAUCAUCGCUGCCCCCGCGCGAAAGCAGUCUCAAGAAACCUCGCGCCUCAAACAUUGGUGGCCGUGGUUUGCUGCCCAAAUCUCCCCUCUCCCCUAGUCUACUCAACGGAAGCGCAGACUCGGUAGCCGUAGAGACUGGACAUCUCAGUCUUCCAUCUCCGCCACACAGCCGCAACUCGUCUCCACAAGGAUCAUAUGCAACAAGCGCGACUACCGCCGAAGAUGGCGAAGACGGUGCAAAAGAUGGCAAGCCUCCCAAGGAUGGAAAAGGCAAUGUUAUUGUCAGCGUACGCGUGCGCCCGGACGUUGGAGCAAAAGACGGAAAACAUGACGUGGACUGGGAAGUCAACAACAAGCGCGCAUUGAUAGCCUACCGAGGCAAGGAGGGUGGAGAUUACUACUACGAUAAUGUAUUUGACCCACAAGACAACAACGCACGCGUCUACGAUGCAGCAGCCAAGCGACUUGUCCGCCGAGUCAUGGAAGGCUACCACGGUACCGUCUUCGCAUACGGCAUGACUGGAACUGGAAAGACCUUCUCGAUGCAAGGAACAGCAACCAACCCCGGUGUCAUACCAUUGGCCAUUACCGACAUCUUCUCUUACAUUCGAGAGACACCGCAGCGCGAGUUUCUCCUGCGAGUCAGUUAUAUUGAAAUCUACAACGAAAAAAUCAUCGACCUGCUGGCAGGACCUGUUGUUGGCAUGAAUGGUCAGACUGGACCUGUUGAGGAAAUUAAAUUGCGCGAGGAUAGCAAGCGCGGUGUUUAUGCGACGCCGCUCAAAGAAGAAAUCGUGCAGAGUCCCACCCAGUUGCUACGAGUCAUUGCCCGCGGAGACAAUUCUCGAAAAGUGGCAGGCACGCAAUUCAAUGCACGCAGUUCGCGAAGUCACGCCGUGGUGCAGAUCGUUGUCGAAAGCAGAGAGCGCGCGCCCGGCCCCGCAGUCGCAUCCGGUGACAAGCGAUCUGCCAUUGUUCCUGGCGGUGUGCGUGUCUCGACACUGAGUCUUAUCGAUUUGGCUGGAUCUGAAAAGGCAGCUGACAGCAAGGAGAGGCGAACUGAAGGUUCUCACAUCAACAAGAGUCUACUCACCUUGGGUACAGUCAUUGGUCGCCUGGCCUCGGACAAGGAAAAGUCGGAAAAGGACAAGGGCAAAGGAGACAAGCAUUUACCCUACCGAGACAGCAAGCUUACCCGCCUCUUGCAACCAGCGCUUUCCGGUAACUCCCUAGUCAGCAUUCUGUGCACAAUUCAAAUUGGAGCUAGCGGGAGCCCCGCAGCGGCGAUCAGUCACACAGGUGAAACCUUGAACACGCUCAAGUUUGCAUCUCGAGCCAAGAACAACAUUGUCAGUCAUGCCAAGAAAGCAGACGAGUCCAUGGGUGCUGGCGGGGACGCGGGGAGCCGAGCUCUUCUGGACCGCUACCGUCUUGAGAUUGAAGACCUGAAGAGGCAGUUGGCCGAGGGCAAGUCCAAGGAAGUCAAGGAAAAAGAAGUAGAAGACGAUGACAUCAAGAGGGACAAGGAAGAAGAACGAGUCCGUGAGCUCGAGGACAAGCGACGACACGAAGAGCAGAUGCUGGAAAUGCAGCUGGCAAGAACCGCACUCAAGGAGCGAAUCGAGCAUCUCAACCGGUUGAUUCUGAGUUCCAAGUCACUCGGUGUCAACAAUGGCCGGUCGUAUACAUCCAUGAGCCUGCAGCGCCAGUCUGUUGUGAGUACUACACACACUGAUAUGCGGCCAAUGUCGAUUCGUUCGUCUGCAAGUCAUCAUACUCUUGGAACCUUUCGCAGGAAAAGCACCCCACAACUACACCCCGACGGCUCUGAAGAGGACGAUUCUGUUGGUGACAAUGGAGACGGUUAUGCAACUCAAAGCGUGCAGAUACAAGCACUGCAAGCCGAUCUCUCGGACAAGAACCGUUACAUUGCUACCCUCGAAAAGCGUCUGCUGCACGCUCGGAGAGCUAGUCAUUCUCGAGUUUCUCUCUCACUAUCACACAGGCUUACUGGUAGUGAGGAAGGUAGCAUGAUCGCGGCUCUUGCUGAGAGAGACAAUGAGAUUGUGAACCUUCGCGCACAACUCGAAGACAAGGAGCGGAUGAUUUCAGCCCUCACAUCGGCACGCAAGAAGAACGACAAUGCACACGACAUGGGAAGUGAAUCACCAGGCAGCCGUCGAACCUCGGGCUACCAACGCAGCGCCAGUGAUGGCAGCGCGGCCAGCAUGGUUCACAAGGGUCCGGCAUCGCCUGCACCCAGUGUGAAAGCACCCUUCCCGCCUCCAAAUUCCAACGGAACAACCAAGAACAUCGAAGAGAUGACACGCAUGCUCGACGAGAUGAUCACCGGACGUGUUGAGAAGACUGCUAGGCGAAGCAGUCUCAUGCCAGUCACCGAAGGCUGA